AUGCGGUCGCGGGGCGUUGUGCUCACGCUCUGCGCCGCGAGCGCCGCGGGGUUCGUCACGUGUACACGCUCGACGUCGCUCACCGAGAUCUUUACAAACUGGUGCAUUUGCCAGCCGUGCAACCUCUGCAGCUACACACUCUUCCAAGGCUGCGACGUCCUUCUGACCAACGCGGUCUCAACGUCCGACGGCUCGGACAUUCCGACGCGUCAACCGCUUUUGGCCCCGAGUGACUGGUUCCUCACCGCCGACGAAAUUACGAACUCGCGCGGCGGCGUCCCGCGAACGUCAUUAGCCACGAGCUCGUCGGGCAACUUCAUGCACAUCUUUGCCGACACGAGCAGCACGUUUGCGGCGAUUCAUCACGAUCUAUUGACGGCCCACGCUGCGUACUUUACAAGCUGGACGCUUGGCGACAUUCCGUAUCUGCCACACAUUGACCCCGCCAUUACGUUCAAGUCGACGUGGGGCAAAGCGAUCACAACCAAUGGCCUCAGCGCGCACGGGCUCGUUUGGUCAAAUCUUCCAGAACUCGAUCGCGUCACGGACAUGCAUGCGUGGAUGAACUCGCUCACGCCCUCACAUGGCGCGCGCGUGCAGCUCAUGACCGACGACCGCGUCACGUCGAUCACUGGCUCGCUGCACCAAAAGAGUUUGGUUCUGAGCAUAGACAACCAGCUCUGGGCCUACGCCGGCGGGAUGGACCAGGCCUUUGAUCGGUGGGACACCAAGUACCACAACGAGUCGGCGCUGCGCAACGCAGCCGCCAUCCGUACCAACAACAACGGCUGGAUCGACGUUCAUUCGCGCGUCUUAGGGCCCGCGGCCGUGGAUAUUUUGCACAAUUUCUUGGACCGUUGGAACGACCCUAAACCGCCCGGUCCGGCGCUUGGACCGCCGUUCGUGACGCCACCGAUGCCAUUGCAAGCGUCGUGGAACGUGCCGCAAAAUUUCUUUUCGUCGGCAGCACUGCUUUCGUCGCUCGCGAUCAACACGUCGGCGGGCCCCCACGACGUCCAAAUACUUCGGACGUUUAGCUGCAACUACCAUGGGUACGCGUCGUUUGCACCGCACGGCGAGACGUCGAUCCUCGCGGGCCGCAUCAAGGCCAUUCGCAACGCGAAGAACUACAUUUACAUCGAGGACCAGUACUUUGUCUACAUGCCGGACCUCUUCCACGAGCUGCUCGCGAUCCUGCCGACGCUCCAGCGCCUCGUUGUCUUUACGGUCACGCCUGGCAAACUGGAGCGGGCGUCGGGAUAUGCCAAGUACCAGUACGACAUGAUCAACCCGCUGCUUCAAAAGUUCCCCAACAAGGUUCAGAUUUACAUUCCAAAGCCGAGCCUUGGCAUCUACGUCCACUCCAAAGUCCUUUUGGUGGACGAUGUCCUUGUCUCGAUCGGGUCGAGCAACUGGAACGUCCGCAGCAUGACGUCGGACGCCGAGAUUGGCCAGCAGAUUGUCGACACGACGCGCGUCAUCGUCGAAAACGACAUUCAAGGCACCAAGCUCGCGCACGACUUUCGCAUCAGCAAGUUUGGCGAGCUCACCAACUUUACCGUCGACUUUGCCAACCUCUCAUUUUUGCAAGCCGCGAACGCCCUCGAGACGUACGCCCAGCGCAGCGAUGCGUGGAUCGAGCCGUACAUGCUCUACGAGAAGCCGUACUGGGCGAUUUACGGCGCCGGUGCCAAGAACCUUGUCGACGGCGACGGUCGCUGCACGAGCGCCGUGCCACUGAGUCUUUGCAAGAACGACACGUGGCUCCAAGCACAGUACCAAGUGAUUCAGAUCACGUGCAGCUGCGAACUCGCAGGCAUCGCCGUGACCAAGUGCGACAACAUGACCGACUACCUCAACGCCGGCCAGGCCUCGGCGGAGGCGGCAUUUAUCAACAAGGCGCUUUUGUACUAUGGCGGUAUCUUUGCCGGUGUCUCGCUUGGGGUUCUUCUGGUUGUGUGCGGCUGCUGCUGCUACGGACGCAAGUGGCAUCGGAACCGACGCAAACAAGCCGUGAGUCCUGUCGCCAAGCGCGGUCAGUAUCUUGCUGGCGGAACGCCACCGGUGCCAGUUGGGAUUUUGACCUUUGCCCAUCAGCAGCAGCAGUACAGUAGUAGUCUGAUGCUAGCCCGUCGGUUCGUCUCGACGCAACGCACGCUUGUCAAGGAAGCCUCGGUCGCGAGCGUCUUGCCCAAGGCCGAGAGCCAAAGCCUCUUCAGAGACCACAGCAACGAUCGGCUACAACCGGCCACGUCGACCCCUGCCCGCUCGGUCAAGUCGCUGCAGUCCGUGUACUCGCUCCAGUACCUUAAUGGCGAGUCCGCGUCCAAGCCCUUUGAUGUGCCGAGCUCCAAGCUCCAAAAGUGA